AUGUUAAAACUUGGUGUUAUAACACCAGUUGAGAAACCGACAGAUUGGGUUAAUAGUGUUGUACUGAGCGAGACAACCAACAACAAAGGAGAGAUAGUAAAGGUAAGACUUUGCCUGGAUCCCCGUGAUUUGAAUAAGUGGGUUAAAAGAGAGCACUGUCGCACGAGGACAAUUGAUGAGGUGGUCACUGAGCUAAAAGAUGCUAAAUUCUUCACUGUGGUAGAUGCAAGGAAGGGGUACUGGCACGUAACUCUGGAUACAGAAAGCUUGUACCUCACAACCUUCAGAACUCCUUUUGGCCGUUAUCGUUUCAACCGAUUACCCUUUGGUCUUGUUGUUUCUCAAGAUAUAUUCCAGAAGCAGCUCGCCGGACACAACAUUUGAAGGCCUCGAUGGCAUCACUGGUAUAGCAGACGACCCUUUUUUUUAUAUGGAUCUUCAGAGGAAGAGCACGACGCAAACCUAGCCAAGCUUAUGGAAAGAGCACAUGUAAAGGGUGUGGUGUUUAAUAGGGAGAAGUUGCAGUUCAAGUGUAGGGAAGUGAGUUUCUUUGCACAAUAUUGGAUACCACAGGAUAUGAAGCCUGAUAAUAAGAAAGUAUCAGCAAUCCUUGGUAUGAAGCAGCCGGAAGACGCAAAAAGUCUACAGAGCUUUCUCGGUUUAGUAAGCUAUCUAACAAGGUACUCCGGACGUCUGGCUACCCUAUCAUCUCCACUUCGCGAUCUAACUAAGAAAGAUGUUGCGUAUUCGUGGGGGCCAGAGCAUACCCGCGCAUUUGAUGAAGUGAACAAGGAAGUAUCCUCGCUGGGCGUAUUCCGAAAUUUCGACCCUGAUGCAGAAACAACCAUUCAAACUGACGCAUCUCUCAAAGGCUUAGGCGCAGUGCUUCCACAAGGAAGCCAACCCGUGUGUUAUGCGUCUAAGGCUCUCACAGAAGCUGAGCAGAGGUACAGUAACAUUGAGCGUGAAGCACUUGGCGUUGUUUGGGGGCUCGAACGAUUUCAUUACUUUUUGUAUUGA